CUCUAUAAAAGUCACGCUGAAAGCAAGUUUCCUCUGGUAUUAUUCAGACACACUGAGGAGGACACGGUGUUGGAUGUCAAAAGUUGUAUGGUUGGUGAAGGAUUUCCGAGAUGAAGGGCAAAGAAGCUAGUAAAGCCUCGGAGUCGGAGGCUGAGACUGUCCAAUUUACUAUCAAUGGCUUGCCGUAUACAGUUGAUGCCAAGAUUUCCCCAACGACAAAACUGGUAGACUUUCUGCGAACUACAGCUGGACUGACAGGCACGAAGGCACUCUGUCGAGAAGGUGGAUGUGGUGCCUGUACUGUGGUGGCUACUGUGCCUGAUCCGGAGAAUGAAGGGUUAUCGAAGAGCUUUAGCGUUCAGUCUUGCCAGCAGCUUGUGUAUGCAUGUAACGGCUGGAGCGUAGAGACAGUGGAACACCUUGGUGACCGUUACAAUGGUUACCACCCUAUACAGCAGUCUUUGGCGGGAUUCUAUGGGACCCAGUGUGGUUAUUGUUCUCCGGGAAUGGUCAUGACAAUGUAUGGUCAGCAAAAAUCAUCAGCAACUUUGACUGCAUCUCAGGUGGAGAAAUCCCUAGAUGGAAAUCUCUGUAGAUGUACUGGGUACCGUCCAAUUCUUGAGGCUUUCAAGGCAUUGGCGGAUGAUGGAGAUCAAGCACUCAAAAACAAGCUGGUUGACAUUGAGGAUGCAUUUAAGACCAAGUGCCCAAAGACCGGCAAAUGUUGCACGGGAAGUUGCAGCUCGAAAAAGACUGCUGCUGUUCCUGCCAAACAGAGGGAGAUCACAGUGCAAGGAGUUAAAUGGUUUUAUCCAACGAGUCUUUCGAGCCUGUACAGCAUCUUGGACCAGCUAACUGAGGGGGAAAAAGUGCGUAUUGUUGGUGGUAAUACAGGACAAGGUGUGUACAAAAACGACGGCCCUUUCGAUGUAUACAUUAGCACAAGCAAUGUACCAGAAUUGUAUACAGUAGAAGAGAACACUGGAGAAAUUACCCUAGGGGCUAAUGUGAGCUUGAAGAGAGCAAUCGAGGUCUUUGAGGAAGCGGCAGGAAACCCAGGAUUCCAACACCUAAAGGAGCUCGCUAAACACUGGGGGGUUGUGGCUAAUGUUGCAGUGAGAAAUGUUGGCACAAUUGCCGGAAACCUGAUGAUGAAACACACCCAUCAAGAAUUCCCCUCAGAUAUAUUCCUGACACUUCUUGCGGCCGAUGCACAGCUUGCUAUAGGGAGCUCUCAAGAUGCAUCUGUUGCUUACGUCUCACUGGAGGAUUUCUUGCUGACGGACAUGCAGAAGAAGGUCGUUACAGCUGUGAAAUUGCCAUCUUUGGCUGCCGACAUCCAGAUUAGAAGCUUCAAAAUCACCCCACGUGCCGUCAAUGCGCAUGCCUACGUAAAUGCAGCUUUUCGGUUCCAAGUUGAUGAGAAUGAUGGAUUUUUAGUCAAGUCGAAGCCUUUUCUACUCUAUGGUGGAAUCAAUCCAAAUUUUAUUCACGCAGCCAAUACCGAGGACUUUCUCACUGGACGUCGGCUUACAGAACAAGGCUUGCUGACAGAAGCUGCAGAGAUCCUAGCCACGGAGGUUCUCCCAGAUGCCUUACCUCAGGACUCAUCACCAGCAUAUAGGCUGUCACUAACACAGAGUUUGCUCUAUAAGGCUGUCAUAAGCAUUUUGGGAAUCGAAGCAUCAGCGCAGAAUCUGAGUGCGGCUACUCUGAUUGAGCGGCCUGUCUCAUCCUCAAAGCAGACUUUCGAUGAGAACCCAGAGCUGUGGCCCGUCGGGAAGCCAAUCCCCAAAGUUGAAGCCAUAACACAAGUGGCAGGAGAGGCUACCUUUGCUAAUGAUGAGCCUACGCAGCCUCAUGAACUUCAUGGUGUUUUUAUUCAGUCAUCUGUUGGUUCAGCUGAUAUCGUGUCCAUUGAUACAUCUGAGGCACUUAGCUUGCCUGGAGUGGUGGCAGUAAUUACAGCUGAAGACAUACCAGGUAUUAAUGACUUUACUGCAGAAGCUGGUACAGAGGCAGAGGAAGUUUUUGCAAGUGGCAAGGUCUUGUAUGCAGGACAGGGCAUUGGUUUAGUCAUUGCCGAGAGCUAUGAUGUCGCAAGUCAAGCUUCAAAGAUGGUUAAGGUUGAGUAUGCAAAUGUACAGAAGCCCAUCUUGACAAUUAAGGAUGCAUUGGAUAACGGGAAUGUACAACCAGACUACAAUCUCAUCACUGGGAAGAGGGAGCCCGUGAUAGUGGGUGAUGUUGAAGCUGGAUUCAAAGCAGCAUCGCAUGUCAUCGAGGGAGAAUUCGACAUGGGUUUCCAGUUCCACUUCCCACUUGAACCCUUGGCUGCUCGUGUAACACCCAUAGAAGAUGGAUAUGAUGUCAUCGUUACAUCCAUUUGGCCAGCUGAAGUGCAGUCCUCAAUUGCACAGGUCCUUGGUAUUGAUGCUAAUAGCAUCAAUACAUCGGUGAGGCGCGUUGGAGGUUCGUUCGGGGGGAAGAUCAGCCGAGCCCACAUGGUCAGCACAGCAGCUGCAGUUGGGGCCUGGAAAACGCAUCGUCCUGUUCGGGUUGCGCUCAAUCUCAAGAUGUUCAUCACUCUCAUUGGCGGACGAGAUCCCUUUUACUCCAAGUAUAAAGUUGGCUUUGAUGACUUCGGCAAACUAGUGUCCGUUGACCUGGACAUUGUAUCUGAUUCUGGUUGUUCUGCCAACGAAGCUUCUGCUGGUCUUGGUGCUGCUUAUGCUAGCAAUGUCUAUUACUGUCCGAACUGGCUUCUCAAACCCUCCGUCGUAACAACCAACACGCCCUCAAACACAUUUAUGAGGUCACCAGGUAUUUUCCAAGGGAUAGUGACAAUAGAAAGUAUAAUGGACCACAUUGCCCAUUACCUUGGACGAGACCCCCUGGAGGUGAGGGAGGUCAACUUAGCUCCUGCUGGGGCUGAGCGACCAUCAGCUGAUCCGAUUGUGAAAAACGUGUUUCAGGAGGACAUCCUUCCGUUACUGAAGGAGAGCUCAGAGUAUGAAUUAAGGCUGGAGGAGGUGAAUGCUUAUAAUCAGACUAACAGAUGGCGCAAGAGGGGAAUAGCGAUCAUGCCCAUGUGUUUCAACCUUGGUUAUCCCGACUUCCGUUUUGGGGUGUUGGUUAACAUCUACAGCCAUGAUGGAACAGUGUCCAUUGCACAUGGAGGCAUUGAAAUGGGACAGGGAUUGAAUACAAAGGCUGUGCAGGUAGCGUCACACAUUCUUGGAGUGCCAGUGGCCAAGAUAAAGGUCAAGGCAACAAGCACAACCACCAAUGCCAAUUCGACCCACCAGGGUGCCACUGUUUGCUCGGACAUUGUGCUUCUGGGUGUCAAGAAAGCAUGCGAAAACCUCCGAGCACGGCUGGAUUCCACAAGAGAGAAGCUCAGUAAGGAAGGCAAAGGAGAUGUCAGUUGGGCUGAGCUUGUCAAGAUAUGUAAGAGCUCUGAUGUUGAUCUCAGUGAGAGAAUUUGGACUAAGAUGAGUGAGUACCCGAAUGCCUAUGACAUCUGGGGAGGAGUUUGUGCGGAGGUAGAGGUGGACGUUCUCACGGGACAGUUCAUGAUACGCCAAGUAGACCUCAUAGAAGACUGCGGCAAAAGUCUGAGCCCCUACGUAGACAUUGGUCAAAUUGAGGGGGCUUUUGUCAUGGGGUUAGGCUUCUGCACUUUGGAGAAAGUUAAGUUCAACUCAGAAACGGGAGAGAAGUUGUCCAAUGGGACGUGGGAGUACAAACCACCGUCAGCAUUAGACAUCCCAGUUGAUUUUCGGGUGACUAUCCUUCCCAACUCUUCCAACACAAGUGGCGUACUACGGGCUAAGGCUACGGGAGAACCACCCUUGAACCUAGCCUUUGCUGUGGUGAUGGCAUUGCGGAAGGCCAUCAGCGCGGCUAGGGCACACCGCUCAAGGAAUGAGUGGUAUAAGAUUGACACACCCCUAACAGUGGAGAAGAUACAGCAACUUUGUCUGGUGGACCCUGCGGACUUCUCUAUCUAGGUUGCGCUCUUUCUACCGGGUAGUUACUCUUACCCAGUGCAUGUCACAGUGGGAAGAUAGUACCAGUGAACCAAAGAACAUCUGUAUAACCUGAUACACAUGUAUGAGUGGGGAUAUGUUCUGGUAUAUUUCUUUGUAUAUCAGUUUUAGUAGGUGAUUAUUAUAAGAAUGGAAUAGGCUAUGUGAAAGAGUGGCAUGAUUUUAUAUAUGGUGAUAUUUAUAGACUCCAAAAGAGAAACAAGGAUUAGAUAUACUAUUUAUUCUGGGUUGUUAAUUGAAAAUGGUAUUUUGGUGGCUUAGGAGUAAUUAUUACUGGAUAUCUGAUUUUUUCCUAGAAUAAAGAAAUGAAUUUGAAGUAAGUUAUGAUACAAGAUAUAAAGAGAAAUGAAUGAUAUUGAAUAUAAUGAGAGAGAAAUUAUAAUAGUUUAAGAGAUUAUAUUGCUAAUAGUUAAUUUGCAGGUUGAGAUUAAAGCUAAUUCUGCUAUUUAAUGGAAACAGAUGGAACAAGAAUAAUGCAUGGACAUAACCUAGAAAACAGACUAAAGAGAUUAUUUUGAUUGAUAAGUCAGAAAAAAAGUCAUAUGGUUUCUAGAUAUUUAAACUGGGAUUGUAAAAAAAAAAUACAUUCAUUGUUAAUGUUUCUGGCAAAUAUGUAUGAUUUUAAAAAUAAAUAAAUUUUAAUGCAGUGUA